AUGGGAUUCUUUGAUAGCUUCAGCGACCUGCUGGAGGCGGCGCUGCCGUGGAGCUCCGCUGAGGCGGAGGCCCAGAAGGAAGAGGAGACCGAGGAUGUGAAGGAAGAAUCUACCAGCGAAGGAGGGGAGGAAGAAUCUAAGGACGAGCCGGAGGAAGCCGAAGAAGAAGAAGAGGAGGAGGAAGAGGAGAUGGUCGACCCUAAGGAUAAGUUCGAGGAGGAAUGCAAGCAAUCCAAGCAAUGCUCCGGUCCAAAGCAUCACUACGAUGAGUGCGUCGAGCGUGUUACCAGUGCUACUCAGAGCGAGGACAAGAAGCAGCCAGACGAGGACUGCGUCGAAGAAUUCUUCCAUCUCGCUCAUUGCGCCACCUCGUGCGCUGCACCAAAGCUUUGGGCUGCCCUCAAGUAG